AUGACUAGACAAGCGAGGCCAAAUCAAGAUAUGAUAAAUUUGGAGGUUGGAUCAACGUACGAUGUGUUUUUGGGUUUUAGAGAAUAUGAUAGUUUUGGAAUCGCCGCUAUCCUCUAUUACAGCUUGAAAGACAUAAUUCGCGUGUUUAGAGACAAUGGAAACCCAUAUUCUUCUCGAGAGAUUCCGCUACAGUUCUACAGCGCCAAGAUCUACCUACCUAUAUUUUCGAAAGCCUACGCUUGUAGCCCUCGGUGCCUUGAGACGCUCGCACUUAUGGUAGAACACAAGUCCAGAUCAGGCGGGAAGAAAGAGAUUCUGCCCGUUUUCUAUGAUGUGGAACGGUCUGAUCUGCAGCUGGAGAAAGAAUCACUCUACACAGACGCCCUGGACAAGCAGAGGGGGAUUUGGGGCGCUGAGAAAGUGGAGCGGUGGAAGAAGGCUCUUGUGGAGGUUGGUAAAGCCAAGGGAUGGAAACUAAGCUCAUAUAAAGAUUACGAAGGAUUUAUCACGGACAUCGCUAGAGACAUUUUGCUUAAGCUGAAGAAAGAGCAUAAUCAAGCGCCUCGUGAUCUAGUCAAGGGUGCAGAUCCCAUGUUAUCCUACAAGAAGUCGGCGACUCGGAGGUGGUCCCGGAUCAGGCUGGUAGUUACCUUUCUGUGCUUCCUUUUCAGACUCCGAAGUAUAAGAAACAGGGCACAUUCAAAGCACAUGUUUCAGAGAAUGGCGUUAUCUUCCGAAACAUACAGUACCUCCGAUCUUGAAGACAGUCAAGUGUCGAAAAUAAUUAGCUUGUUGGAGAUGGAUGUAAAUGGCGUACGAGUUAUUGGAAUCCAUGGAAGAGUUGGCAUUGGAAAGACUGCUCUUGCCAAGGUCGUAUAUAAAAAAAUCUCUGUGCACUUUGACGCUUGCAGUUUUCUUGCGGAGAUUGAAGAAACGAUGCGGCAUCCUGGUGGUGUUCAGUGUCUUCAAACCAAGCUGAUCUUUGAUAUUUUGAAAAGGGAGUAUGAGGUUGCUUCUUCUUUCAAAGGAGUAAGAUCUUUGAAAGAAAUAUUUAGGAAUAUGAAAGUUCUCCUUGUUCUCGAUGAUUUGGAAAUUGGUUCCCUCCUUAAGGAAUUUGUAGGAGCUAAGCUUGAUUGGUUUGGUUCUGGUAGUAGAAUAAUUGUAACCUCAAAACAAAGAAGCGUUCUUCAAGGGUUUCUUGAUCGAGGGUUGGCUCAUACUUAUGAUGUUAGUCCAAUGGAUGAUAAUCGAGCUUUUGACCUUUUCUGGGAGUGUGCAAUGGGAAAGAGAUAUAAAAUUCAUCCUUACGUUGAAUUUGCAAACACAAUAGUCAAGGCUGCAGAGGGACUUCCACUACUUGUCAAAGUUUUUGGUUCUUUUUUACAUGGUAAAGGACUAGAAGAGUGGAUUAAAUUCAGAGAUCUCAUACAACAAUUUCAGGAAGAUUACCAGAAGAUUCUGAGAAUAAUUUAUGAAGCAUUAGAUCGAAAGCAAAAGCACAUGUAUCUUGAUGUUGCAUGUUUUCUCCCAGAUGUGGAUUGUAGGAUUGCCUCAUAUAUGUGGCAUGAUUAUGAUCGUCCUCAUGAUGAAAUAGAGGUCCUUCGUCGUAUGUCCCUAAUAAAAAUGGAAGAAAAUAAAAUAGGCAUGCACAGCAUGCUAAGGUGCCUUGCCAGGAAGAUUAUUUACGAAGAUUUCCAUGAUCCGGGAACAGGAGUUAGAUUCUUCAUUCCUGCCAUAGCCCACGACACGAAGAAAAGGAAAAGGGGAACAGACCACCUUAACACUAUUGUGGCAGGCUUUGAGAUCCUACCGAGCACGACAUUUCUCAGCUUGGGUCGCGCCAAUAUUGGUGGAAGAUUUGCAGAUGCCCUAUUAAACGUUCGGUGGCUUCACUGGCAAGGGUGCCCUCGAAAAUUUGAAGCAAUUAACGUUCAUUUAGAGAACCUAGUUAUUCUUGAUCUUUCAUGGAGUAAGGUUACAGAAUCCUGGGGAGGUUGGAAAGGAAUUAAGGUGGCUUUAUAGUUCAAUUGUUGUUGUGGUUGUAUUGGCCCUUAAGUAAAUCGAGUUUUUUUAUGCCAUCUGAACGUUUUCCCACGUUUUGCAGAUGGUGCAUUUGAAAGUCUAGGUUGUGCAGACUUACUAAUUACCCCUAGCUUCUCUUGUUACCCAAAUUUGGAGAUACUGAUUCUUGAGCAAUGUUCUCGAUUGGUUCAUUUAGAUCCUUCAAUUAAUGAUUUGAAGCUCUUGGUUUCCCUCAAUUUGACAUUCUGCUCCGAACUUAGCAUGCUGCCAGUGAAAAUGGAUGGAAUGAUUGCUUUGAGAGAGCUCCUGAUUGAUGGUACUUCCAUUCGAGAACUUCCUGAGUCGAUAGGCAGAUUGGUUCAACUACAAAUUCUUAGUGCUGCUAAUUGCUUCUCAUUGGCUGGUGUUCCUGAUUCAGUUUGUCAACUUAAAGCUCUGUCAGUGCUAGCUUUGGAUGACGCGAAAAUUCUUGAACUCCCAGAGUCAAUUGGAGACUUGGGGGAACUUAGAUGCUUGUCUUUGAGGAAUUGUCGUGGGCUAGGAGAGCUUCCAGAUACGAUUGGCAAAUUAAAAGACUCAUUAGUAGAGUUGGAUAUUUCAAGUUCGGGUAUUUCAAAACUGCCCGAUUCGACUAAAAAUCUGCGGAGUCUGAAAGUGCUGAAAAUGGAUUCUUGUUUCAUAAGAGAAUUUCCUCAUGACGUUGGAGAGUUGAUUAACCUGGAAGAAGUCCACGCCUCCGGGUGCAGGAAUUUGGAGGGAGCCAUUUCGAGUGGUAUUUCGAAACUACAUCAUCUCAGAGAACUGAGGCUUUGUGGUACACGUAUAUCCAGCCUUCCAUCAGAAAUUCAGUUCGUUUCAAGUCUUCAGACUCUGGAUUUGCUACAUUGCACCCUUCUCAAAGAGUUGCCUUUGCUUCACUCUAACUUAAUCGAUCUCUACAUCGAUCCUGGCUUGACGCAAGAUAUGUAGGGCAUUCAAAUAUGUCGUUGGUCGCAUUUAUCGCGAACUAGGGGUGUCCC